AUGGUUGCUGUAACUCGUGCUGCAUUAUCACGUCAACUACAAUCAUCAAAUGUCAAAACUAAAGCAUCACGUGCUAUUAGAAAAAAAGUUACUAAAAAGAAGAAAACAAUAGUUAAACAAUCUAUAGUAACAUCAUCAUCUACCAUUACUAAAACUACUUCAGCACCAUUCCAAGCAUAUAAUGAUGUUCUAGGCAAAAGUAACAUUACUGAUGCUUUAGCAUAUGAUCGAUAUUAUAAUCCAGUUGGAAGAGAAUAUGAUUUAGGACGAGAUGGAGCAUUUAUGAAUUUUAGUAUUUUAAUUGCACAAUUCUAUAGUGAUUUUCAAUUUACUGAUGCUGCAAUGCAAGUACCCAUUGAUGAACUGAAAAUGAAAGGUUUUGAAGUGAAACAUGUGAAAAAUGAAGAUGAAUGUAUCAAAGAACUUGCUUCAAAUCAUUAUCAAGUUGCAUGGAUUAUAAGUAGCAACUGUACUAAGAAUCCAGAUAUAAUUUCAUCUCUAACAACUUUUCAUUCAAAUGGUGGUGCGAUAUUUCUAUUUGCUGAUAAUAUACCAUGGGUUUGUCAUGCAAAUGAAUUUCUUGAUAAAAAAUUUGGUAUUACUGUCGAUGGAAAUUAUCAUGGUGGAAAUACAAUGACUUAUGAAGAAAAUGGUCAUCAAGAAAAAGGACAUUUUGGUCAACAUGAAAUUUUUACUGGUAUUAAAAAUUUAUUUGAAGGUAUUACAAUAUGUCAUCCAGUAUAUUCAACUGAAGAAAAUCGUAAGAUAUUGGUUCCUAUAGCAACAACAAGUGAUGGUAAUACAAGUAUUGCUGUAUAUGAUCCCUCAUCAAUUUCAACAUCAAAUGAAGGUCGAAUAUGUUUAGAUUGUGGAUUUACAAAAUUGUAUAUCAAUUGGAACUCAGCUGGAACAGCUCGAUACAUUGUGAAUGCAAGUUGUUGGCUUUUACGAAUUGAAAAUCGUUUUUCAUAG